GGCGACAGAAGGUCAAGGGACACGGUCGCCAUGGGAACGUCACAGCUUCCACGUGAACACGACUGCAGAGGGGGAGGAGUUCAACCUGCCAAAGGAUGCUGUCACGUACUUUGUAGCAGGUCACCUCCCGUUAAAGCAGCAGGAAUACAGGAAGAGAUUUCGCACACUCGCAGCCACCUACAUCACGUUCAGCCCCGAUGGUAGCGAACUGCUCGCAAACCUCGGAGGAGAACAGAUCUAUCUAUUCGAUGUCAACCGCCGCCGCGCCGCCACCAACUACGACCUGCCCUUCUCAUCACCACCAAAGUCUAAAGACUCAGCUAACGGAUAUCUCAACGGAACGACGAGCGUGUCUCGCAACGCGAGUGUCACGACCACUGCCGCGCCACGGGUUCUGCCCAUCUCUGGAUGGCAGAGUAGCUCGCUGCCAUGCCAAAAGAGGGGGCGCCACCAGGCUGUCUCCGCGGGCCGACCACUGAAGGCUCAGCGCGAACAGUGUUUUCGACAAGCACGAACUAUCACGCAUCGCCCUAUCGCCCUCUAUAACAAAGCGAUGUGUCAUAUUAAGCGCCCGGGGGGGCGCCGCCCGUGCUGCUACGAACCGUUGCUGCCGCCUAGAUUGAAACUGCGGCGUGGGAUGGCGACCUGUACGCGGCGCUGCGUGACUGCGCGACGGCGCUGCGACUCGACGGCAACCACAUUAAGGCGCACUUCCGGCUCGCGCGGUGUCUGCACGAGCUGAAGUGGACGAGCGAGGCGAUGGAAUGU